AUGGACACUCCCAAGCGUUCCGGGUCAGCAGCGCCCAACUCCUCCGACGCAAAACGGAUAAAACUCACCGUCCCCCACCAAAACCAAGGAGCAAGCCCAGUCGACCCCGAAAACGCUUCUGGUAAACGUACAGAGCUGGACCCUAUACCCUCAGGCGACAUCGGGAACCUAACAACUGAGGGCUCAUUAUCUGUCCCUCCGACUGACGAGGACGGUGAUUCUGCAGACGAAAACGACGAUGAAGACCCUGCACAGCUAGAGGCUACGCGUCAGCGGCUGGAGGAGCAGGCGCGCAAAUACCUUGCGGCUCAGACGCACGAAGUCAUCAUCCCUUCUUACUCUGCUUGGUUUGACAUGUCUAAAAUCCACCCUGUGGAGCGUCGUGCGUUGCCGGAGUUCUUCAACUCGCGGAAUCGGUCGAAGACGCCCGCUAUUUACAAAGAUUAUCGCGAUUUUAUGAUCAACACGUACCGACUACGCCCUACCGAGUAUCUCACUGUGACGGCUUGCAGAAGGAAUUUGGCGGGUGACGUAUGCGCGAUUAUGCGCGUACAUGCUUUCCUAGAGCAAUGGGGGCUCAUUAACUACCAGAUUGACCCAGAUCAACGGCCAGCAGCACUCGCACCCCCUUUCACGGGGCAUUUCCGCGUUCUCCUCGAUACCCCACGCGGUCUGCAGUCUCUUCACCCUGGUACUCGGCCCACCAACCCCACUGUGAAUGGCCGACCGGUCCCAACAGGCUCAGCCGCACCUGCGUCACUCGAAUUACGAUCUUCUAUCUACCAAACCACCUCCAAAGCCUCGCGUCCCAUUAGCUCAACAGAAGCCAAAACUUUGGCCAACGCUAAUGGCUCCGUCAAGACUAACGGCACAGUACCAGGUGCCACCUCACACAGCUGCGACACUUGCGGGGUAGAUUGUACCCUUGUCCGGUACCACUCCCUCAAGGAUAAAAAGUUGGAGCUGUGUGCUCCGUGCUAUCUUGACGGACGAUUCCCCUCUACCAUGUACAGUGGUGACUUUGUCAAGCUCACCAGCGCCGGUGCAGGUGUGGCACAAGGGAGUGGAAAUAAUGAUGACUGGUCAGAUCAAGAAACACUUCUCCUCCUUGAGGGUGUGGAGAUGUAUGACGAUGAUUGGUCAAAAAUCGAGGAACACGUUGGGACGCGGUCGGCGCAGCAGUGCAUUCGGAAGUUCUUGGAGCUGCCGAUUGAGGAUCCAUAUUUGAACACAGAGGCAUCGAUGGGUCCACUGAGGUUUGGCCGGAUACCAUUCGAGCAGGCGGAUAACCCCGUCAUGAGCGUCGUGGCAUUCUUAGCUGGUGUGGUUGGCCCUGGGGUUGCAGCUGAGGCUGCAAAAACAGCAUUACACGAACUUACGGAUGGGGACUCAAAGAAGGCUACGGCAGAAGACAAAGCUAUGAUUGAAGACGAAGAUAAGAAAGAUGAAGACCGAAUGGACGAAGACACUGCUGUCCCUACCAAAGAAGAGUCAGUAGCACCCUCAGAAGGCGCUGCUGCUGAUGCCGCCACCACCUCAGCCGACGGUACUUCCACGGCUUCGGGCUCCCAAAAACCCAAACACACGCUUCCCCACUCUAAAGUCGUCCGCGCCGCCGAUCUAGCACUCAAAGCCUCCGCCCGCGCCGCACAAACCCUCGCCACAGCAGAAGACAAACAAAUCCGGAGUGCGAUCUCCAACCUCAUCAAACUGACACUAACAAAGCUUGAGCUCAAAAUGUCGCAAUUCGAAGAACUCGAGGAUAUCUUGGAGGAAGAAAGGAAAGGGCUGGAGAGUGCCAGGGUGGCGUUGGUGAAUGAGCGGUUGGGGUUGAAGAGGAUGUUGGAUGGGGUGCGGACUGAGAUUGCGAAGAACGGCAUUACGGGGAAUGUGUUGAAUAGUCUUGGGCAGCCGAUGGGGACGACAGGGCAAGGUGUGCUUGUUGGUGAGGUUAGUGCGGCGCAGAUGAUGGAGAGUGGUGGGGGGCCGAUGGCAGAUGGGGCGAUGUUGCAGUUGAGUUGA